GUGCAUUGCUCUUUUUCUAUAUGAUGGCAGCACUAUCCCAGUAUUACUUCAAGGGUUAAUUUGUGUUGCACGACACGUAUUUUACCCAUGAACUGCGUAAAUCGUGUUUUCUAUCACAAAUUGUCCGAAACCACAUCAUUAAAAGGUUCAUUGUGUUGUUAAAUACAUAUUUGUAAUGAAAAUGAAGAUUCCAAAUAAUCGUUCUGGGAACGAUUAUGGAAAUGAAACAGGAAUUAUCUCUUACAUGGAUAAUAAUUUUGAUUCUGAAAUCGAUGUACAAGGAACAGAAGAAAGUGAUUUUUCUGAGUACCUUUGGAUGGAAAAUGAGGAAGAAUUUGAUAAAGAGGUGAUUCAACAAUUAAUGGAAGAAGAAUUAACAGAAGAAUGUUUAAAAGCAAUGUGGGAAGAUGAAAGACAACAUGAACGAAAUACAAAUUCUAUUGCUUGGUCCACUGCUACAAGCAUGCCUGAGAAUAAUAGUGCUGAACUUUGUCAGCAACUUAGUAAUCUAAAAAUGCAUGAUGAUCUUGCUAAGCAGAGUACAUUGAAUCCAAAUGCAGCUGAAUUUGUUCCAGCAUUCAAAUCAGCAGUAACAUCUGUAAGUACACCACCAGAAGUUACUGCAGAAUCAUCAUAGAAGCCAUACUUUCAUUUGCUUAACUGAAUAAAACAUAGGCUAUACAUAUGGCUAAUGUUUACCUCUCUCAGUAACACAGUUGUAUUAACUGAAUUGCGUUAAAAGUUAAAUAACUGUCCCUACACGUACAAAAGUAUAAUGAUUAUCAAAGCAGAUAAUACAUAAUGCUAUUAUAUGAUAUUUAUGACUAAUGAAGUCAGUUGCAUAACCAUAAAUUAAAAAAAAUAUAUUCAAAUUUUUAUAGUCGUGAGAUAUUGCAUAAUAUUAUAAACAUUUAAUUUUACAUAUAUAUUUUUCCGUGAUAUAAUGGACAAUGACAUAUAUAUAAAUCACUUGUUAUAGAAAUUUGCAAUUUAUAUUCUUAAUUUAAUCAAAAAAAAAAUAUUUUCAAAAGUAAAUAUCUUAUAUAAUUUAUUCUAAAUUGAGAUAACAAGCAUACAUAAUAUAUAUACGAAUUUUUAUGAGUUGCAUUGUAUACAUAUCUGUCAAUGAAUUUUUGCAUACAAAUGAA